ACGUUUCAUGCAAAAUCUUAUCUUUCUUGCUCCAUUUAGGAAAAUUGGCCAAGUAGCAGAGAAUGGAUAGAAUUCCGGAGGCAAGCAUAGGCUCAAGUGGCCAAAAAAUUCCAAUUAUAGGUUUUGGAACAGCUGAUUUUCCAUUUGGGGAUUAUGAAGCAGUGAAACAAUCUGUUGUUAAUGCAAUUGAAGUUGGCUACAGACACUUUGAUACUGCUGCUGUUUACCAGUCCGAGAAGCCUCUCGGCGACGCUAUAGCUGAAGCUCUGCAACGCGACCUAAUCAAAUCACGGGAUGACCUCUUUAUCACUUCUAAGCUCUUCUCCAGUAACGCUCACUCUCAUCUCGUUCUUCCGGCUCUGCGAGAGACUCUCCGGAAUCUUGGAAUGGAGUACCUUGAUUUGUUUCUAAUUCACUUUCCAGUGAGUUUGAAACCAGAAACCCAAUUCCCGUUGAAGCCAGAUGAUGUUGUUUUAAUGGAUUUUGAGUCUGUUUGGAAGGCUAUGGAAGAAUGCCAAAAUCUUGGCCUCACAAAAGCAAUAGGAGUCAGCAAUUUUACUUGCAAAAAGAUUGACAAAUUACUUGCCACUGCAACAAUCCCUCCGGCAGUCAAUCAAGUGGAGAUGAACCCUUAUUGGCAACAGAAGGAGCUCAGGAAAUUAUGUAAAGAAAAAGGUAUCCUUAUAACAGCCUAUUCUGCAUUGGGAAGCAAAGGGACUCCUUGGCAAGGUAAGCAUAGACCUAUAGAAUGUGAUGUCAUGAAACAGAUUGCCACUGCUAGAGGAAAAUCAGUUGCUCAGGUGUGUUUGAGAUGGGUAUAUGAGCAAGGUGUUAGCGUUGUAGUAAAAAGCUUUAACAAGGAAAGAAUGGAAGAGAACUUGAUGAUAUUUGAUUGGGAGCUCAGUGAAGAAGAGCUGCACGAGAUUGAUCAAAUUCCACAGAACAGAGGUACUCUUGCUGAGCAAUUUGUCUCAAAUGAAGGCCCGUACAAGUCGCUCUUUGAGCUCUGGGAUGGAGAAAUAUAACACUAAUAAUUUUUCCUUUUCAAUAAACCCCUCUUAUUUAAUUAAUAUAAAGGAAUUUGAUGUAUAAAAUACAUUUAUAAAUGAUAGGAUUUGGUUUGAGGUUCGGAGGCGGAAAGCCUGCUAUUAUACUGUGAAUUUGUGGACUUUCAUGCUUCUUGAUAUUUAGGCACAAGUAAUUUAUAGCGUCACAUCUUCUAGAUAAGUGAAAUUUGAUAACAAUUAAAAUGCAUAUGGUUUUAUAUACAAUUUGUAUUGUUUUA